UCCUGUUCACCUGACGGUAUUUACAUAGACAGUGCAGGAGUUAGGCAGAUGACAAUGAUCACACCCCAAGCAAAUGUGUAUUGGUUAGGGAAUUUAGGAGAGGAGGUAGAACAAACACUUAUAAAAUGGGAAAAGUUCAUAAGAGCACAAAUUGAGAAGCCCAUCUUGCCCAGCUUUGAGUUUCACUGUACAAUGAUUUAUGACCCCCUGCAGAGAGUAGAUUUAGAAACGGAGUGGUUACAGGAAACAGAAGGACAGAAAAUCCCAUUGACUUCACAAAGUAUUAUUGUAGGGAAACAGGGAGCAGCAUUACAAGUGGAUGAGUGUGAUUUCACUGAAAAAUGGUUUCAGGUACCAAAUUCAAAGCCACAUGUUACUUUAUAUAUAGGUGAAGGUUUUGAGUCAAGAGAUUUAGGCCCAAUGAUGAAAAAAGCAGCAGAGGCCCAGUGGAAAGAGACAGAGAAUCCCCUGUUGUUUCAGUCAGUGGAUGGGAAAUAUUUAAAAAUAGCCAACACAACUAUAAUGAAUGGAAUUCCCAAGGAGGUGGUGGUUGGAGAUAGCAUUGAAAUGAAUUUGGCCGAUUCCCCAGAAACUGAAGCAGGCAAUGCAGCUCUCCUAAAAGAAAUGGAAGAGCAGGUGCCUGAAGAGUUAUGGUCACGUCAUGACACAGAUGUGGGUUUAAUUAAAUCUGCCAGCCCUGUAAGAAUAAAAGUAAAACCUGAAGCCAAGUUGCCUAGAAAACAACAAUAUCCACUGAAACAUGAAGCAGUGGAGGGUAUCAGAGAUACCAUUGAUGGACUAUUUGCAGCAGGUGUUUUAGUUGAAAUAACAAGUUACUGCAACACACCAAUACUGCCAGUCGCUAAAUCUGAUAAGUCAAAAUGGCGGCUUGUGCAUGAUUUAAGAGCAAUUAAUGAGAUUGUUGAAGAUUGGCCUGCUGAGGUUCCAAAUCCACACACACUGCUAACAAGCAUCCCUCCUGAAGCAAAAUACUUUACUGUGAUUGACCUGUGUUCUGCCUUUUUCAGUAUCCCUCUGGACGAAAGAAGCAGACACUUGUUUGCAUUUACAUAUGAAGGUAAACAAAUAUCAUACACAAGAAUUCCACAGGGGUAUAGGCAUUCACCUCAUAUUUUCAAUCAAUUAUUGAAAGCUGAUUUGGAAGAUAUGGUGCUGGACAGUACACUGAUCCAAUAUGUGGAUGAUCUGCUGAUUUGCUCUCCCACACUUGAACAAUGUCAUAGAGAUUCAAUUAAAGUAUUGACUAAAUUGGCAGAGGGGGGUCACAAAGCUUCUAAACAAAAAAUGCAAUAUUGUCAGACACAGGUAGAAUAUUUGGGGAGAUUGAUUGCAUAUAAGACCAAAGCAAUAUCACCAAGUCAGUUAGAGGGCAUCAGUAGAGCACCUAUGCCACAAACUGUUAAACAAAUGAUGACAUUUUUGGGAAUGACAGGGUUUAGUUCUGAUUGGAUUGAGGACUAUGCAUUAAAAACAGCUCCAUUGAGGGAACUGAUGAAGCAGGGACAACAAGAUCUGAGGGCCCCGCUCAUAUGGAACACUGAUGCAAUAAUAGCAUUUGAGUCAAUCAAAAGAGAGCUACAGAAUGCACCAGCACUGACACACCCUGAUUACACAAAACCAUUUCAUUUGUAUGUAGCUGACCGAAGGGAGGGCUAUGCCUCAGCAGUUUUGAUGCAAGAAACCUGUAAGGGCCGCAGUAAACAGCCCAUUGCUUUUUAUAGCACAAGGCUUGAUAGUGUAGCACAAGGCUAUCCUCCAUGCUAUCAAGGACUUGCAGCUGUAUAUUAUGCUUAUGAAAAAGCUUCCACUAUUACUAUGGGCUAUCCAGUUAAUGUAUAUACACAUCAUAAAGUUGUAGAAUUGUUGGAGCAAGGGAAAUUUGUACUCACACAAGCCAGAACCCUUGCAUAUUCUGCUCUUUUGACAUAUCCUGAUAUAACAAUCAAAAAGUGUACAACUGUAAAUCCUGCUAACUUUGUUCCUUUAGAUUGUGAGGGAACCCCACAUGACUGUGUUGCUGAAUCACUAGCCUUUACACGCCUUAGGCCAGAUUUAGAGUCAGCACCCAUACAAGAUGCUAGUGUAGAUUAUUUUGUUGAUGGAUCAUGCUUUAAAGACUUUGAUGGCAAUCAUGCUGGAUACUCUGUUGUCAGACGACAGGGGGAUAAUUUUGUUACUGUAAUUUCACAGCAUUGUUCUCAGCCAUGCUCCGCCCAGUUGGCUGAAUUAAAGGCACUGACUGCUGCAUGUGAAUUAGCAAAGGGACAGAAUGUGAAUGUCUUUACAGACAGUGCCUAUGCACAUGGAAUUUGUCACCUCUGGGGGGCAGUUUGGAGGCAGAGAGGAUUUAGAAAGAGUGAUGGUACACCCAUACAGCAUGCUGAACAAAUAGUAAAGCUUAUAUCAGCAAUGAUGCAGCCUAAGCGUUUGGCAAUCAUAAAAUGCCAAGCGCACAAAAAAGGCAAUGAUUUUGUGAUAAGAGGAAACAAUGCUGCAGAUUUGGAGGCAAGAAAGGCCUCAGGAUGUCAUGUUGCUGUUAUGUCACCUAUGGUACUUAUACAGCCGCAGCCACAGGUUGAUGAUCUUGUGCGUAUACAACAACAGGCCACCCCAUAUGAACUUUCAAUAUGGCAACAGAGAGGUUGUACCAGAGAUGCUAAUGGAAUAUGGCGCUCUCAUGAAGGACAAAUGAUUGCUCCAAUUGCUUUAUUGACUAUAUUGAUCUCUGACGCACAUGGAUUUGAUCACUGUGGGAGGGGGGAGAUACUGAGAAGAAUAAAGCAGCAAGGCUAUUGGUCUCCCUACAUGCAGGCUACUGUUGAUGAGUUUUUGACAGGAUGUGAUAUCUGUGCUAAAAAUAAUGUCAGGAAAAGUAUUUCAGCGCCAAUAGGACAUAUACCUGUACCAGAAGGACCCUUUAAACAUCUGGUUAUGGAUUAUGUGGAUAUGAUAAGAUCAGUGAGAGGAAAACGUUAUAUGCUAGUCCUUGUGGAUCGCUUCAGUCGAUGGGUGGAGGCGGAGCCUUCACCUGACCAAGGUUCUGGAACUGUAAUUAAGUUUUUGACAAGAGAAGUGAUUCCCAGAUUUGGUAUACCAUCACAGAUUAGUUCUGACAAUGGAUCUGCAUUUGUUCAAAAGACUGUAAAGACAAUAUUGCAGAAAUUGAGAAUAAAGCAAAGACUUGGAUGUGUAUACCACCCACAGUCACAGGGAGCAGUGGAACGCAUAAAUGGAGUUUUGAAAUCAAAAAUCAAUAAGAUUUGUGCUGACACAAAGUUGAACUGGGUAGAUGCUUUACCUCUUGCAUUAAUGAGUUACCGAAUGCAAACAAACAGGAUUACAAAUUUGACACCGCAUGAAAUGCUUACUGGUAGACCUAUGCCAGUACCUUUUUUGAGGGGCCCAUAUGAGGGACCCUCUUUGGAGCAGUUGCAAGUUGAACUGAGAGCCUAUAUGAGACAAUUGACUGUUAUACAUAAGGCUAUAUGUUCACAGGAGCAGAAACGCGGACCUCGGCAAGAGGAGGAAGCUCCGUGUAUGAUUGUGCCUGGGGACCGAGUAUAUCUGAGAGUUUUCAGACGAAAGUGGAAUCAGCCAAGACGGGAGGGGCCCUACACUGUCGUCAGAGCAACGCCCACCGCAGUACAAGUUGAAGGUAGUACAACCUGGUAUCAUUUAAAUCACUGUACUCGAGUUCCCAGGUUAAGGCCAAGAGACGCAGAAGCCGCAGAAGGAGAGAGGGAGGGACAACCUGAGACAUCAGAGGAAGAUCAGCAAGGUCAACAUGGAGAACCGGAAACGCCCCCCGACCCAGCAGGACGAGACAGAUGCCAAGAAACCCCGAGUCCUGCUUCCAUUGCAGAACCUGAUCUGGAUGCUGAAUUACGUCCUGACACACCUCAUGAACCUGAUUCCUCAGAGGAUGGAGGAGAUGAAACGGAACCAGAACUACACCUGCAGGGGGCCACCUCAGAAACUGAAGAACAUGCAAGCGACGGACCGCAGGGCAUUGCAGAAUCUUCUCCUCAUUGUGAUGACCCUGAAUACCCUGAUACAGUUCAUCCAUCAGACCCAGGCCCAUCCAGUAGACAUCCCUUAUCUGAAGAAUUCAGCACCAUCGACCUCUCAGUGCUGGACUGGACCCAAUGAUUUGUGCACUGAUGAUGAUGAACCACAAUACGAGCAACUACUCGACAUGGCCCUGCAUAAUGACUGGUACAGGUGGGCACAGUUUACCGUGGACACUGUGCUAAGCACUAUGCAGACCACUGCCUACCCGACAAGAUGAACGUAUCCUUUUGCGCAGCUGAAUGCAUUGCGUUUGCAGGAAGUAACACUUCCACAAUUUAUCAAGAUGAGAGGUGGGG